AUGGAGAGCAUCCAGCCCCGGCCCCUGAUCCGUGCCCCUCGCUGCCUGCGCCGUAACUCCUCCCACCUGCUGCCAGCGGAGGCGGUGCACCGUAGCAGGGCGGCCUACGGUGUGCACGGGCGCUACCGGCGCUCCAGCCUGUUACGGAGGCCCUCCACCAUCUCCAACAGUGCCUUGCCAGGCAGGCUAGUCCCCCCACCCAGACGCAGAGCUCUAUAGUGGCCCGCCACUUCUCCCCUUCCCUGUAUAGGAACUGUUCCGCCUGCUGGAAACCCAGGGGCCGCAGGGAGUCCCUCAGCCCCCUGCAGGGCACCUACUACGACCCCCGCCUGGAGACUUGGAGUGGGUUCCUCUCGUAUGUAGAUCCCCCCUACCUUUGCCUGGGGCACAGGCAAUGCUUUUGUGAGCUUGUUAGUGUGUGUAUUAGGGAGGUGGGGGGGGGGCUUCUAUGGCAGAAUACACACAGAAAAUGUCUGUAUACACAGCGCAUGUUUUAGACCACACUAUUUGUUUUAUCCGGACAAUAGAAGGGGGAUAUGCAUGCCAAAGUCACUGGCCAUUCCUGCCCGUCCAACCAUACCAGCACUUCCUGGUCUGAAGUGUUGAUGUCAGUUAAGCAAGUGUUUGUGUCUACACCAAACUCUGCUGACCUUUUGUGUUGCUGACAUGUAAGCUAGGAUUUUUGUUGAGUGACUCCUACAGCACCUUUCAUGCAGGGUCUCAGUCACACAAACCUGUCAAAUACCCACCUAGACCUCUUCUGUACCUGGCUGCACAUCAGCUCAACAGGGUCCUACCGGAAGGGAAGGACUAGCAACCACUUAAAAUGCUGUGUGUUGUAUGACGUCAGAUGUACCAUUCAUUAUUCAUCAUGUGUGCUAAACCUCUCUCUUUGAUCAUGGCCAACCUUUUUUCAUCAGUGAAGAGUGGGUUUACCGUUAGGCACUUCAGUUUACGGGUGUUGCAGUAUCCCACUGGGAGGGUCAUCUCAAUGAUGUUAUUGCAAUCAUUCAAAGGUAUUGUGUCUGUGUCAUUUCAGGAAGGCCAUCGCUAAAUCGGGUCUACAGCACCUGUCUGCCCAGCCCAGUGCCUCAGCCCUGGCCAAGUUUGACCCAGACAGGGAGAUCCGGAGCAGCUGUGACUGGACCGUAAGUGCAGCCUCUGGCCCAGCUUAUUGAUUUUUACCCCGUAAUGGACUACAUGCCCCUAAUGAGUUUCAGAGUAGUGUACUUUGUUUACCCAGAGGUACUAUACUGUUUGGUAGUGGAUUCUAUGAGCGAGCUGAGAUUCCUAUUUGUCAGGGUAAAAAAAAGGGUGUGUUUAAUAGACUCCGCCUCUUCCUCCAGGAGAACGCCCUGUAUGGGGAGCACAUCUGGUUUGAGACCAAUGUCUCUGGGGACUUCUGUUACGUCGGAGAGCAGCACUGCUUCGCCAAGACACUGGUGAGUGUGUUUGUGUGCAGCUACCCCUGGCCCUGCCUGACAUUACAAAGCCACAGAUGCUGUGACAGGAAUGAGCCCAGAGGAAGGGAGGAGGAAUGAACUCAUUAGAGGAGAUGUAUUUGUAGUGAAUCCCUAAACAAAAAGAGGGGGAGUAUUAACUCCUUGUCACAUUGUUUUUCAUCUGUAAAUGGAUGAUACUGUCCAGAUUUAUACCACCCGGUACCAUUCAGUACAGUUCUAGAGAAUGCAGAUUGUAUAGCUCAAUAGCGCUCUGCAACUGUAAACAUAACAGUAUGAGAAAUGGUGCCAUGUUAUGAACAUAAACACUGUCUCUUCAUUGUUUUGGAAAACUGAUGGGAUUAUAAAAAGUGGGCAACUAGGAAGAGAACCUGUAAAACGAGCCCAAUCUUUUGUAUUUUUUCCUCCAGAUGAUGCAGAUGUAUUUUUUGAUUGCAUUAUUUGUAUGAGAUUUAGUUCUGAUAUCCACAGUGUGACAUUUUUGUAUUUUUUUAUGUAACGCUCUAUACCAGGGGGUGUCAAACUCAUUCCAUAGUGUCUGCUAGUUUCUGGUUUUUCCGUUCAAUUAAGACCUAGACAACCAGGUGAGGGGAGUUCCUUACUAAUUAGUGACCUUAAUUCAUCAAUCAAGUACAAGAGAGGAUUGAAAACCUGCAGACACUCGACCAACCGUGGAACGAGUUUGACACCUGUGUUAUAUACUGUACAUGCUAGAUACAAGCGCUUAGAGCAGGGCUCUCCAACCCUGUUCCUGGAGAGAUACCGUCCUGUAGGUUUUCACUCCAACCCUACUCUUUCACAUCUGAUUUAAAUAAUUAGCAGGUUGAUUAGAUUAAUCAGAAGUUACAUCUGGGGUUGGAGCGAAAACCUACAGGAGGGUAGCUCUCAGGAACAGAGUGGGAGAGCCGUGUCCAACCAAUGUUUGUGUAGAGUAGGGUUUCCCAAAGUCGGUCCUGGUACCCCCCCCUUGCUGCACGUUUUGGGUUUUGCCCUAGCACUACACAGCUGAUUCAAAGCUUGAUGAUGAGUUGGUUAUUUGAAUCAGCUGUGUAGUGCUAGGGCAAAAACCAAAACCUACACCCUGGGUGUUUGGGAAACCCUGGUGUAGAGCACGUGUCAAACUCAUUCCACGGUUGGUCGAGUGUCUGCGUGUUUUCGCUCCACCCUUGUACUUGAUUGAUGAAUUAAGGUCACUAAUUAGUAAGGAACUCCCCUCACCUGGUUGUCUAGGUCUUAAUUGAAAGGAAAAACCAAAAACACUCAGCCCUCCGUGGAAUGAGUUUGGCAGCCCUUGUGUAGAGGCUCCCUCUGGUGUCCACAGAACCAUAACACACUUCACCUAAGAAGUAGUGCUGCCAUCUUGAGGGUGUUGCACCCAUAGAGGUAGAUGGAGGGCCCUUCUUUGCAUCUGUGCCAUAUGGCUUCUGUGACAACAUGGACAGCUCCAUUGAGGGCUUUCUUCAUUUUAAAGUAGUUAAGGGUGGAUACUGCCACCUGGAGUGUGUUGUCUGCACAGGUAUAAAACCAAGGUAGGUAAUUUACUGCCACCUGCAGUUAAGGAAUGUUUGCUCACGUGUAUAAUUCAUUGGCUGAUCCCUCCUGAGGACCUUGAUGGAAAUUAAUUAUUCCGUAAGCCCAUAGGAAGUCCCACCAAGUUGACUUCUUCAAAAUGGUGAAAGUCUUCAAUGGCACUGCCCAUGCUAAAACAGGCCUUUGGGGCACUAGAGCGGUCUAUUUAAGUUUAUGGUUGUACUAUGAAUUAUCAAGUUAAAAGAAAGUCAUUUAAUUCAGGAAGUUUUCAUGUAUUACUACGAUAAGGGUCAUUAAAUAAUAUUCUCUCACUCAUCUCGUCACCACAGCAGAAAUCUGUAGCCCGGAAAAAGUGUGCAGCCUGCAAGAUAGUGGUUCACACAAUCUGCAUAGAGCAGCUAGAAAAGGUAUGUUUCAAGCCAUUUUCCCAACAAAUGCUUCACAAACUUUUCUUCCAGUGAACUAUGCUUUCACCUGGAAGCAGAUAGAUGUUAAAUUAUGUAUUAUCACCAAAGCUGUGGAAAUUAGUUGAGAGCAUGUAUACCAAGACAAAAUGAGUUGCAAAUGUUGAAUCCUGAAAAUACCGUAAUAUCAGCCUUUUCAGAUGUUGUCUCUCAAGGAGACAAAAUGUUUCCAUCACAUCAGUUAAGAUGAGAUUUAAAUGGUAGCCAUGCCAACCUAACCCAUCCUGCUCCUCUCCAGUUAUUCGACACCGAGGCUAUGCCCCAUGAAGACAGCCUGCUUAUCGAAGACCCCACCUUUAGAGUGAGACACUCAGACCUCUCUCAGGCUGCUAUGGGAUAUAACUAGUGUUAGAUCAUACUCCUUCUCUAACCCUAUCUCACUACGCUACCUGACCCAUUGACCUGACCCUCCAAUGCUGCACUCUGAUUGGGUAAUUCUCUGGAUAAUCAAAGUCGAAUAGAGUCGGUCGCUCUUUCCUAGAGUUUUUUAGUUGCUGAAUUUAUUUGAAUCUCCCUUUUCCAAAAUGUCUUUAACUUGUACCCAUUAACUCUGCUAAUCUGAGGGUUUGUUCAUAUCUAUUGUUUAUACUUUAUCUGAUGCUGUUAUGGUGGAGGUAAAGGUGAAGAGCUGGUUGUGUCACAUAGUAACACAUAUUGCACCACAGGUUUCCCUUUUCAGUAAGUACUUAUACUAGGUGAACAAGAACUUCAGCAUGUUCAGUUUAACCUUAAACCUCUCCUAUUGGCCCUUUUGGAUUACUGAUUCAGCAUUCUAUUUUGGUGCAGGGGUUUCUCUAACAACAUAUUGGAAACAACGACAAGGAAAAACAAAAUAAAUCAAUGUUUGAAACAAUUUCUUUGCUCUACCCCGUAGAUAAACUUUAGGUGUAAACCGUCAUUCAGGGAAUCGGGGUCUAGGAAUAUACGAGAGGUAAGUGCCAAUAAACGUUCAUUUCCAUUUGAUCAGAUGAUCAUCAUACUCAUACUCAUACUUUAUUUUCACCACUUUUUCAUCCUCCUUUGCUUGUCUUGUCAUUCUAUGUGUCUGUCUUCUCUGUAACCCCUCCCUCUCCUCCUGUCCCUGCUUCCCUUUUGCCCUUUGACCUUCUCUCUUGACCUUUGACCUUAGCCAGUCCUCCAAAGACAAGGUGCUCUAAAGUGCCUCAGGCGGAUGGCUAACUGCAUGGCCACCCCUUUCCUGAGCCAGUCCCAGGUACCAUCCCACCCUAACUCCCCAGAUCACCCCAACCCAAAGCCACAGUUAUGGGGGCAGUAGGAGAGUAAUGCCUGACUAGUUUAAUGAUUAUAAAGACCCCCAAGGCCUAGCUUUGGAUGUCCAAGUUUAAAUUCCCUCAUCAUGACAUUUGCAUUUUUACAUUUUAGUCAUUUAGCAGACGCUCUUAUCCAGAGCGACUUACAAUUAGUGCAUUCAUCUUAAGAUAGCUGUUAGAGACAAUGACAUAUCACAAUCGUAUCAAGUACAUUUUCCCUCAACAAAGUAUUUAUCAGCAAAGUCAGUGCUGGUGGGACUUUUUUGGGGUGUUUUUUGGGGGGAGGAGGGGGUGUCGGAGGCGCCGUGAAAGUAGAGUGUGAGGAGGAGCAGGUGACAUGGGAGAACUUAGGAAGGUUGAACACAAGGCGGGCUGGUUGCAGGGGUUUGAUGGCAAAGCGGGGAGCCCAACCAACAGAGAGUUGCAGUAGUCUAGAUGGGAGAUGAUAAGUGCCUGGAUUAGGACCUGCGCUGCUUCCUGUUUGAGGAAAGGUCGUACUCUACGGAUGUUGUAGAGCAUAAACCUGCAGGAGCGAGUCACUGCUUUGAUGUUUGCAGAGAAUGACAGGGUGUUGUCCAGGGUCACGCCAAGGUUCUUUGCACUCUGGGAAGGGGAUACUGGAGUUGUCAACCGUGAUGGAGAGGUCUUGGAGUGGACAGGCCUUCCCCGGGAGGAAGAGCAGAUCCGUUUUGUCGAGGUUGAGCUUGAGGUGGUGGGCCGACAUCCAAGCUGAGAUGUCUGCCAGGCACACAGAGAUUCGUGUCACCACCUUGGUGUCAGAAUGGGGGAAGGAGAAGAGAAGUUGAGUGUCAUCCACAUAGCAAUGAUAGGAGAGACCAUGUGAGGAUAUGACGGAGCCGAGUGACUUGGUGUAAAGAGAAAAGAAUAGAGGGCCUAGAACCGAGCCCUGGGGGACACCAGUAGUGAGAUCACGUGGUGCAGACACAGAUCCUCUUCACGCCACUUGGUAGGAGUGACCUGCCAGGUAGGAUGCAAUCCAGGAGUGUGCGGAGCUUGAGACGCCCAACCCUGAGAGGGUGGAGAGGAGGAUCUGAUGGUUCACGGUGUCGAAUGCCGUGGAUAGAUCUAAGAGGAUGAGAACAGAGGAGAGAGAGUCAGCUUUGGCAGAGUGGAGAGCCUCUGUGACACAGAGGAAAGCGGUCUCAGCUGAGUGAGCCGCCUUGAAGCCUGACUGGUUAGGGUCAAGAAGAUUGUUCUGAGAGAGAUAAUGAGAGAAUUGGUCAGAGACAGCAUGCCCAAGUGUUUUGGAAAGAAAAAAAAGAAAGGAUAUUGGUCUGUAGUUUUUUACGUCAGGGGUCGAAUGUUGGUUUCUUGAGGAGGUCGUCUUGAAGUCAGAGGGGACACAGCCAGUGGUCAGGGAUGAGUUGAUGAGGGAAGGGAGAAAUGUCUCCAAAAAUGGUCUGGAGAAGGGAGGAGGGGAUGUUGUCGGGUUGCCGGACCUCACUAGUCGCAGGAUUUCAUCUGGAGAGAGCGGGGAGAAAGAGAUCAAGGUGUAUAGUAGUUGUGUAUGUGGGACCAGUGGACUCAGUAGGUUGAAUGAAAGAGGAGCGGAUGUCAUCAACCUUUUUUUCAAAGUGGUUGGCAAAGUCAUCCGCAGAGAGGGAGUAGAGAGGUGGGGGAUUAAGGAGGGAAGAGAUAGUGGAGGAGAGUUUCCCAGGGUUGGAGGUGGAAGCUUGACAUUUAGAGUGAUAGAAAGCGGCUUUAGCAGUGGAUACAAAGGAAGAGAAGGUAGAGAGGAGGGAGUGGAAGGAUGAUAGGUCCUUCAGAAGUUUAGUUUUCUUCCAUUUCCACUCAGCUGCCCAAAGCCCUGUUCUGUUAGCAUACCACACUUAGUCAUUAUUACCACAGAACUGGGUUUAUUAUUGUCCUAUACACAAUAAUGUUCACUGUGUCUGUCCAAACCUCUGAUAUUGCUAAUGAGAAACUAAUAAACUCAACACAAGCUUUCCUUGAUCUCACUCACCAUUGUCUACAUGUAAUAAAAAUAGGAAAACCACAGUAUUUUAAAUCGGGCAAUUGUGAGUGAGUUGAUUAAUGUGUUUAUGAACGUUGGUUUUCCAGCCAACCGUAGUGCGGCACCAUUGGGUCCACAGGAGGCGCCAGGAUGGGAAGUGUCGGCAGUGCGGGAAGGUGAGCAUGGUUAUAAUAUCAAUUAAUUAAUUUCUUCCCUAUAUUGCCCUGUAUUGCAGGAUUAAUGAUCUGAUGAAACAUGUUAUUCUUGAGGGUACAUUACCUCUUAGAUCUGAUUCAUUUCUCUACAGGGUUUCCAGCAGAAGUUUGCCUUUCAUAGCAAAGAGAUUGUGGCCAUCAGCUGUUCGUGGUGUAAACAGGCAGUAAGUUGGAAGGUUGAUUGUACUGUACAGGUGUAGGAUCUUAAUUUGACCAGUACUGUCGCAGCAACAUAAUCCUGCAGCAAUGUCACCUUGUCUGAGAGAGAUUUGCAUGUUUAUCCAAACUUCAUGCCAGGGUAAGCCUACACGAAACACAGCCCUUAUUUUAAGUGUUUCUAAAAUCCCCUAUGGGGAAAAAUGAAUGUUGGAAAAACGAUUGGAACCAUUUCCCUGUUUGACCGCUAGGUUUUAUGGGUAUUAUGACACCUCCACUGUGGGGCUCUAUUUGAUAAUUAUAUAUGGUUGAUGUUAUGAUUGUAAAUUGGUCAAUUGUAAAUUCAGUCUGACUGUGAGAAACCAAUAAAAUCUGCUACUACUACUACUACUAAUAAUAAUAAUAUUAGCUGGCCAAAAUUAGGCUACAUGAAAAGUGCAAUACUGUGAAUAUAACUGUGUGCUAUUGCCUGUUUUCAGGGAAUUUAUGUAAAUCAUGUAGCUCAUCUGCAUUUGGAAUUUCUCAGCAACAAAAGAGUGAUACAAUUCUGAUGUCUACCUCUGUAUGGUCUUAGUGCUGUUGUGCCUCAUAAACUAUGGAUGAUAAUGAUGUGUGUAUGUAUGCUUAUUUGAGACAUUUGUGUCUGUGUUGAAUGAAAACACUUCCAAUGAGUAUGGAUGAAUGUGAUCACUGAUAUAUUGUGUAAGUGUGUACAGUAGCUGUCUUCACCCUCUGUAAUGGUGUAUGUAUGUUUAUGUGAGACAGUUGUGUGAGGGUCUGCGUUGUGUUUUAAAUGAAUGAUGUGUGUGAUGUGUUGGUGUGUGACGUCACUGCUGCCAUCCUUUCCUCUCUCCCUACUGUAGUAUCACAACAAGGUGUCAUGCUUCAUGCUGCAGCAGAUCGAGGAGCCCUGCUCCCUGGGUGCUCAUGCCUCUGUCAUCGUACCCCCUACCUGGAUCAUCCGGCUCCGCAGACCUCAGGUAAAAAAAAUUACAAAAAUGUGAUGUUUUAUUGUCACAUAGACCGGAUAGGUGCAGUAAAAUGUGUUGUUUUACAGAGUCAGCCAUAGUAGUACAGUGACCCUGGAGCAAAUUAACGUUAAGUGCCUUGCUCAAGGGCACAGAGAUUUUUUACCUUGUCGGCUCUGGUAUUUGAACCAGCGACCUUUUGGUUACUGGCCCAACGCUCUAACCGCUACGCUACCUGCCGCCCCCACAAUCACAUACACUUCCAAGUAUUCAAAUAUUCACUGCCACCAUGUGAGUUUACAAUGUACAAUGGCAUGCUUCCCCAAAUACUUUGUGGUGCCAUUGCACUGAGAAGCCAACAGAGGGUAGCAGUCAUCCAUUAGUUUGAGCUGUAAGCCAUGCAUUCAGCAGUUAUGAUAAAUUACAGUGUAUUAUUUAUAGUUGAUCAAAUGCUGUUCCUUAUAUAAAUGGAAUACCAAUGUGCCAUUUAAUCCUCGUUUUAUUCUUUCAGACCUCACUAAAGUCGAGUAAAAAGAAAAAACGGACCUCGUUUAAGCGCAAGUCCAGCAAAAAGGGAUUAGAGGUGAGUUUGAAUUGUUACAUCAUCCAUCACAAAUGUCCUUUCCUACCGUUUGUAUUGUGAAGAGACGUACAUAACUAAAACAUCCUUUGUUGAUUAGCCUGAGGGGCAUCAUUUCCAUUAUACUGCAUCUGUUGUGCACUGUUCAAUUGGUUUAACAUUUAAAUAAAAAUACAUGAAAUAGUAGCUAAAAGGGCAAUGUCAAACUGAUGACAAGGUAUUAUCGAUGUAGACAGUCUUCGCCCUUAUCAAAUCACUGCUGACACAACCCAGCCAGGGACAUAGGAUGUGCUUGUCAAUACAUACUUCCUGGCGACAUCUAGUGUCCAAUACCAUGGCUUUAAUGCAUUUACAUGACAAGUGCAUGUACAGAAAUAAUUAUCUCUCUUGUCUGGCCUUGUGUUGGUUAGCCAGCCCUCCAAAGACAAGGCGCUUUAAAGCGCCUCAGGCGGAGCCAGUCCAAGGUACCAUCCCACCCCUAACUCUCCAGAUCACCCCACCCCACAGCCACGGUUAUGGAGACCGUAUUGAUCAAUUCAACUGUGCACAGUGUUAGACAACUAUAUACUCUUUGGCUUACUAUAUCUCAUAGAGAGUAGGAAGUAUCAACGCAACAUCAGCUCUAUGCCAUUUAAUUUUAGUUAGUUACUUUGGCAUAAUGUUAUAUGAGUCUGACACGAUAGUUUAUAACAAACCAUCAGUAAAAGCAGUAAGCGCUUAAUGCUCUUCCCUUAGGAAACCAACACUGUACAUCAGUCUCAUCUUUCACCUCUCUAAAUGCAUCCCUUUAUUUCCUCUGCUCUCUCCCUUCCUCUUUGUGCAGGAGGCGCGCUGGAAGCCCUUCAUAGUUAGACCCAUUCCCUCCCAGCUCAUGAAGCCGCUGUUGGUGUUUGUCAACCCAAAGAGUGGGGGAAAUCAGGUGAGCCGUGCUGUCUGUGCUGGAGCUGUCAGUGCAGGCCCAGUGGACCGAGGCCAACACCAGUCAUAGGUGUAAUCCUGACUGGUCUAUAAGCCUUCUGUGAGAUGAAACACUGUCUGCAUCUUAAAGAGUCAUUUCAGCAGUCCAGUCAGGGCAUCUCAUACCUCACACAUUUGGCUGGAUCACUCAAUCAUAUACUAGUCAGUUAAUCAAAUACUUAUUUAUUAUGAUGAUGAUGAAUUGGUAGUAAUUGUACUCCUACUCAUUUUCAGGGAGCCAAGAUUAUCCAGUCGUUCAUGUGGUACCUCAACCCCCGCCAAGUAUUUGACCUGAGUCUGGGAGGGCCCAAGGAUGGGUAAGUUUUCCAAAAUAGCAGGUGCAAACUUUGUACUAAUUCAGACUUUUUACUGACUCUGGCCCUUAAAAAUCAAAAUCAUCAUAAUAUGUAUAAGUCUUGGAGCUCCAUUACUCUGUGCUCACUGACACAGAGCUUCUUCUCAUUAGAUCUAAUAUAUCUGAACCAAAAGAAGUCGUUCUAAUUCCAAGUAUUAUUUUGAUUUUAUAUUUGUUCUUGCUAUGGAUACCCUGUGCUAUUAUUCAAUCUGCCCAGGAGCCUUUUGGGGUGUAGGGCUCCCUUCACUGUGAUCCUGCUGAUUAACUGAGUGUGGGAGACCUUCAUUAACAGGCUUGAUACUGUGGACUGACUGUGACAGAAAACUAGAUGUUGAUUUUGUCUCUUGCUCUGUCUCUCCAAGGUUAGAAAUGUACCGUAAGGUGCAUAACCUGAGGAUACUGGCAUGCGGAGGUGAUGGCACGGUGAGUAGAAACAGGCUUGUUGUACAACAGCAAUGCCAAAGGUAUUUUUAAGCAACACACAGACAUUCCUGAACUAUUUUAGCAGCAAACUUUACUUUGUGAUCAUUAAAAUAACAGCACACAGUGUCUGGUGUUUGCCCUUAAAGGCAUUUGACCCCAUCUUAGUGAUCUAAGCCCUGAACUUUGAUGGUUAUCUAAAUGAUUGAACAGCAACACACACUAUGCUGCAGGUACAGUUUGUUAAGCUGUUCAAACAUUUAUUCCUCAAGUAAAGACAAUAACAAAGUUGGGCAUGGUGUUGAAGGCCACAUCACAUGAUGUAUUGAUAACAUGACUGUUGUAUGGUCUGUGUGUAGGUGGGCUGGAUCCUGUCUGCUCUGGACCAGCUCCAGCUGAACCCCCAGCCUGCAGUAUCCAUCCUGCCUCUGGGGACAGGCAACGACCUGGCCAGGACCCUCAACUGGGGUGGUGUGAGUAUCUGGACAAUAUUUACACAGAGUGUACAAAACAUUAGGAACAACCCCCCCCCCCCCCCCCCAUUUUGCCCUCAGAACAGCCUCAAUACGUCGGGGCAUGGACUCUACAAGGUGUCGAAAGCGUUCCACAGGGAUGCUGGCCCAUGUUGACACCAAUGCUUCCCACAGUUGUGUCAAGUUGGCUGGAUGUCCUUUGGGUGGUGGACCAUUCUUGAUACACACCGGAAACUGUUGAGCGUAAAAAAAACAGCAGCGUUGCAGUUCUUGACACACUCAAACCGGUCUAUGUGUGCCCUCUGAAUGGCACACAUACACAAUCCAUGUCUCAAUUGUCUCAAGGCUUAAAAAUCCUUCUUUAAACUGUCUCCUCCCCUUCAUCUACACUGAUUGAAGUGGAUUUAACAAGUGACAUCAAUAAGGGAUCAUAGCUUUCACCUGGAUUCACCUGGUCAGUCUAUGCCAUGGAAAGAGCAGGUGUUCCUAGUGUUUUGUACACUCAGUGUAUACCCUCAAAGAUAUGCUUUUCCAUAGUCGUUGGACAAUGCAGGUGCACCAGAAUCAUGACAAUAACCACUUAUUAUUUCUUGAAAAAUGUCUUGAAGAAUUGAUAUAUCUCAGGAGGAACUAGCUACUUUCUACAAUGCACUGUGUUAAAUCUCUUGGUGUUGUCCUUCUCUAUCCCUCUCCAGGGUUACACAGAUGAGCCGGUGUCUAAGAUCCUGUCUCAUGUAGAGGAUGGGAACAUCGUCCAGCUCGACCGGUGGAAUCUAAUAGUGGAGCCCAACCAGGAUGCUGGGGCAGAGGAGAGGGAUGAGCAGCAGACAGACAAGGUGAACAAACCCUCUCACCCCUCCUCCCAGAUCCUGUACUGUAGACGGUGUGGUGUGUGUGUAUGGGUGAUGCAGAGAAUGAGGAUUGAUCAAAUGUUAACUUAGUGCUAGCACUUUACCUAUCAGAUGGUGUGUUCGUAAAUCAGGUUUUUGACUGUGAUGAGUUUUCAUUGAGCCCCAGCGAAUUAACCUCUCUACAAUGUCACAAUAUAAUUUGUUUGUUGUAAACAGGGUCAUGGCUGAUCACACACCAAAAUACCUCAGUGACCUUUACAUUAUUUAAUGGUUAGUUAGUUCUAAAAGUUGAGAGAGAUGAUCAACUAGAAGCACAAUCCUGCUCUGCGACCUCAAACAUGAUGUAUUAUUAUUUGAUUUAUUUUAUGGCAGUGAUGGUAGUCUGGGGCAAUAAAGACCAUAGGACUGAGGAUGGAGUUGGGCUCAGCAGCAUACUCCGGUUUUGUGUUGAAAUGUCAACAUUUUUCAUUGUGAUUUCUGAUGUUUUGGUGAUAUUGCGUCUGGGAUUAACACAUUUUGUACGGGUUUUCUUUUCCACAGCUCCCCCUCGAUGUCUUCAACAACUACUUCAGCCUCGGCUUCGAUGCACACGUGACACUAGAAUUCCACGAGUCUCGAGGUUGUAUUUCAGAUUGAUCUAUUAACGUUGACUACCCAUGUAAUGUCAUUGUUGGGGAUAAAUCUGUGCUUUCCAUAGACAGCUCACAUCGAUAGUAACAAAUUAUACUGUGUGUAUCUACUGUAUGUCAUUGUGUCACAUUACUCACUCCCUAUCAUGCUUUCUAUAACCAACGCUCCGCAGAGGCCAACCCUGAGAAAUUCAACAGCCGCUUUAGGAACAAGAUGUUCUAUGCAGGGGUGGGUACAGUUGUGUUUUCUAAACGAGAAAAUAACUAAUACAUUCAUAUUUUCUCACCAUUAUCAUCACUUUUACCAUUAGUAGUGAUAGUAAUUGUGGUAUUUGGCCAUAGCUUUAGUUGUGUCAUUAUUUUGUAUUGAUAAUCUACAAGUUUGAUUGGUGUUCCUUCUAACCAGACGGCCUUCUCAGACUUCCUCAUGGGCAGCUCCAAAGACCUAGCCAAACACAUCAAGGUCGUGGUGAGUUCAACUGACCAUUACAUGGACCUUGGCUGCAGCUCAGAUUGUGUGACGUCAUUCCGCAAAGGGUUCAAGUUCAACUCUAAAUACGUUAACAGGAAUUUCCCCACUUCAUAGUAAAGAUAGUUCCUCAGAAAUAGAAAUUGACCCCAGUUUGAGAGCCUAGGCUCCAUUCUGAGCUUGUGAUCCUUACAACCUACCCUGUACAUCUCAUUAGACUGAAAUAUGUGUUCUUCUUCACUGUCAGUCAGUCAGAAUGUGGCACCUUUCAAAGGGUACAUUUUUAAAGGGAACAUGUGAGAACUCUUCUGGGAAUGAUCUGAGUCCGUAUGUGUACAGUAAUGGAGUCACCUGUCUGUCUCCUCUCAUUAGUGCGACGGCACCGACCUCACCUCAAAGGUUCAGGAUCUGAAGCUGCAGUGUCUGGUGUUCCUCAACAUUCCCAGGUUAGCAGCCACAGCUACUCUGACUAUGUUCCUCAAUGGGAAAAUGGGUUAUAUAUGACAUGUUACCAUUUUGUCACUGUUGUAAUGUAGGCCAAGUUAGGCACAUAAUCAUGCGUGCGUGCGUGUGUGUGUGUGUGUGUGUGUACUAGAUACUGUGCUGGUACCAUGCCAUGGGGCAACCCAAGCGAGCACCAUGACUUUGAGCCACAACGGCACGACGACGGCUGCAUUGAAGUUAUCGGCUUCACCAUGACCUCUCUGGUAUUCACCUACCAACUUGAAUUUGUCUAUGUGUUAGAACAUAACAGUUAGUCGAUUAAUGAAAUGGAUGAGUCAGUUUCUUUACAUUUCUCCUAGUCAUAGCCUUGCUCUGAUGGAUGACCGUCUCGUCCUCCCUGGUGCUGUAGGCAACACUGCAGGUCGGAGGUCAUGGUGAGCGGCUGAACCAGUGCAGAGAGGUGACCCUCACCACCUACAAGUCCAUCCCCAUGCAGGUAGAUGGGGAGCCAUGCAAGCUAGCCCCCUCCACCAUCCGUAUCUCCCUGAGGAACCAAGCCAACAUGGUUCAGAAGGCAAAGAGGAGGACCUCUAUACCGCUGCUCAACGAGUGAGUAAAACAGUCCAGCAUGGGAAUGCCUAUUCACAACUGAGUUUAUAAAAAUAGACCAGAAUGGGUCCAGUCAGAAUCCGAACUUCAAUCCACUAUGGUGACUUUCUAUACGGUGCUUGGAAGUUGGAAGUUAUUGUAAUGCAUUCGAGUGUCCUCGACCGAGCCGAAGGUCGUUCUUCAAUUUCUUGCUGUGUGAUUUAAGUGGCACGCAGGUGUGGGAGACUGACAGGCCAGACAAGGUGGGAUUCAUUUGCAGGGGAGGCUGAAGUGCUGACAAAGGCUUGUGCAUGUAAAAUAAUCCAAGCCAAUGAGGGAAAACAAACAAAAAAGACAUACAACAACAUUCAUCAAAGUCAUCAUGGCUUUGCAACCAUCUUCCUUUUCUCUCUAUCAGUCAUCUUAGUCAUAUCAGUCUGUCUGUCUACAGGCUGAAAAUCGAAGAUGUGUUAUCAGAAUGAACAGCCCUAUUUACUUUCAUGGUAAUUGCAUUAUCUUUUUAAAUCCUGUUGUAAGGUUUUUGCUAAUUUCAUACUUAGUUGAUUCUGCUGUGAGUCUCGCGACAAUGUAUUGACUUGCUGGCAGGGGGAAUUAUGAAUCCUCCAUUUAAAGGAUUGAAAUGUCCAGGGGGGGGGCUAAUUCAAUGAUUGUGUUUACAGAAGCCUGUUUUAGCUGAGAUUAAGUCGUGGUCAUCCAAACCUUAUUCAUGGGCGGCAGGUAGCUUAGUGGUUAAGAGCGUAGUGCCAGUAACCGAAAGGUCGCUGGUUCUAAUCCCCGAGCCGACUAGAUGAAAAAUCUGUCGAUGUGCCCUUGAGCAAGGCACUUAACCCUAAUUGCUCCUGUAAGUCGCUCUGGAUAAGAGCGUCUGCUAAAUGACAAAAAUAAAUAAAAAAUAAAAUGAUACCAUUCUUCCUUUUUGCAAAGUUGGUUAGAAUGGCCCAACCUUCUGUGAAGCAAAACACCAGGCAUUUGGACAGAAAGUAAGAAUGAUAAGAUGCAAAUGAGCCUGGAAUUCAAACAAACAACCCAGCUGUAUUCACUUCUACACUUCUUACAUCGUUUGAGAUCAAACUGUUCUCCCAACUGUUUUCCAACAUACUCCAGUAAGGAACAAAUACAACUUGUGUUGUUGUCAGGUGUCUAUUGUCCUUGAAUAGAAUGUUAAGCUAUAGUCACAACAUUGUUUUUGGGUCUCCCACACACUGCGAACAGGUCACAUUUGUCACAGAUCACAACUUUCUUCAUGAAUAUAUAUAAUCAUCCUAGAAGCCAUCACAAUGACAAACAGAAGGGGGAAAGCUGCGUUGAACACCUUGGGCUUCUCUCAGGCUGCUGUGCAUGUGAGCCCAGGUUGUCAGAGUGUUGUGGUUAGAGGUUGAUCCCCUGUCAUCAGCUUGCAUUAAUGCUCUUCCCGGGUGACAGUCUUUCAUUAAACAUUUUUUUUUACCUCUCAGCCGAGAUGUUUCCAACUCCCAACUAGUUAGAAAUUAAUAAGGAAAGUAACUGAUACUAUACAGUAUAAUGGUGUACUGAAAUCAAGCAUAGGUUAUGAAUAAUAUUUGUUAUGUGUCAGUUUGACAUUAUUUGAUUGUUUGUUCCUACAAAUAUGUACACUGAAAAGAAAUAUAAACACAACAUGUAAAUUGUUGGUCCCAUGUUUCAUGAGCUGAAAUAAAAGAUCCCAGAAAUGUGCCAUAUGCACAAAAAGCUUAUUUCUCAAAUUUUGUGCACACAUUUGUUUACGUCCCUGUUAGUGAGCAUUUUUCCUUUGCCGUAAUAAUCUAUCCACCUGACAGGUGUGGCAGAUCAAGAAGCUGAUUAAACAGCAUGAUCAUUACACAGGUGCACCUUGUGCUGGGGACAAUAAAAGGCCACUCUAAUAUGUUUUGUCACACAACACAAUGCCACAAGUAUCUCAAGUUUUGAGGGAACAUGCAAUUGGCAAGCUGAUGGCAGGAAUGUCCAUCAGAGCUGUUGCCAGGUAAUUUAAUGUUCAUUUCUCUACCAUAAGCCACCUCCAACGUGAUUUUUGAGGAUUUGGCAGUAGGUCCAACUGGCCUCACAACCGCAGACCACGUGUAACACAUCCGGCUUUUUCAUCUGCGGGAUCGUCUGAGACCAGCCACCCGGACAGCUGAUGAAAUUGUGGGUUUCCACAACCAAAUAAUUUCUGCACAAACUUUCAGAAACCGUCUCAGGGAAGCUCAUCUACGUGCUCGUCGUCCUGACCAGGGUCUUGACCUGACUGCAGUUCGGCAUUGUAACCGACUUCAGUGGGCAAAUGCUCACCUUCAAUGGCCACUGGAAUGGUAGAGAAGUGUGCAAUUCACGGAUGAAUCCCGGUUUCAACUGUACCGGGCAGAUGGUAGACAGCGUAGCGUGUAUGGCGUUGUGUGGGCGAGCAGUUUGCUGAUGUCAAUGUUGUGAACAGAGUGCCCCAUGGUGGCGGUGGGGUUAUGGUAUGGGAAGGCAUAAGCUACGCACAACAAAGACAAUUGCAUUUUAUUGAUGGCAAUUUGAAUGCACAGAGAUACCGUUACGAGAUCCUGAGGCCCAUUGUCGUGCCAUUCAUCCACCGCCAUCACCUCAUGUUUCAGCCUGAUAAUGCACGGUCCCAUGUCGCACGGAUCUGUACACAAUUCCUGGAAGCUGAAAAUGUCCCAGUUCUUCCAUGGCCUGCUUACUCAACAGACAUGUCACCCAUUGAGCAUGCUCUGGAUCGACGUGUACAACAGUGUGUUCCAGUUCCCACCAAUAUCCAGCGACUGCGCACAGCUAUUGAAGAGGAGUCGGACAACAUUCCACAGGCCACAAUCAACAGCCUGAUCAAUUCUAUGCGAAGGAGAUGUGUCGCACUGCAUGAGGCAAGUGGUGGUCACACCAGAUACUGAAUGGUUUUCUGACCUACGCCCAUACUUUUUUUUAUAAAGGUAUCUGUGAACAACAGAUGCAUAUCUGUAUUCCCAGUCAUGUGAAAUCCAUAGAUUCAGGCCUAAUACAUUUAUUUCAAUUGACUGAUUUCCUUAUAUGAACUGUAACUCAGUAAAAUCUUUGAAAUUGUUGCAUGUUGCGUUUAUAUUUUUGUUCAGUGUAAUUCCAAUUUUUGAGAGAUGAUACCCAACUGACUAUACUUCUUCUGUUGUCUUCCUCAGCCAGCAGCCCUUCCCGGAGAGGUUAAGGAUCCGGGUGAACCGUAUUAGCAUGCACGACUAUGAGGCCCUGCAUUACGACAAGGAGAAACUCAAAGAAGCCUGUGAGUAUUCCAUCUCUGUCUAAUGCACUGUAACUCCAUCAUCCAUCAGGUGUCAGCCAGCCUGUUCAAGGAGGAAUGCAGCAGGCCCUUGAGUACUGCUUCAUGCAGGAAUGUUACUGAGAGCCAGAGGUGUUUUCAGUGAUGUAGAACUCUGUAGUAGAUAUACUACAUAUGUCCUUGUGCCAUUUUAGGGGACGAUUCCAACCUGAGUUAAUAGUGUAAAUGGAACGAAAUUCCCUUUUUAUGCACUUUUCUCUCUACGUGUAUUCUGACCUUGAAUUUAAGCAUGAGAAUAGCAUGCUAUUCACCUGCUAUUUGUUUGGGGUGGAGAUUGAAUAAAUUAAGGUGAGGCGGAGGUGUGUCUACAGAUACGGCAUAUUCUGACCUUGACUUAAUUCCCUAAUAAUUCGAAACACCUACACGGGAGGAAACCAUGAAUACGGUUCUACCGGUUCCAAGUGGAAAAAGCAUCUACUUAAUUUUUUCCAAUAGAAAUAAUACCAUUCUCCAUGCACUGUAAUUGACAACUUGAUAAGAGCUAGGUAAAUUAUUAAUCUGUUUGGAUAAGGGAAUUUAAAUGACACUUGUUUUAGAACUAUUUUACCUUAUAAUCGCUGGAGACAAAUGUGGAACCAGUCAUAUGGCAGCAAAAGGAAUCCUAUCAACUUUCCCACAGUAAAGUUGAUGAAAUGCUGUGGCAUUUUACAGAAUUUAAAUUAUACUGCCUUUUAACUUGCAGGGAUGGGCACGCUCUAAUGUCUUAAUUAUUUCCAUCAUGUUAAAUAUUAGCCACUAUCAGUAUCGACCAUCAGUAGGCCUAAUAACCGCACAUAUUCAACUGCCAAUUUACUGUUAGUUCCCUUCAGUUGGUAUAGUCUACAUUAUCAUUCUAUUUAAUUACAUUGUUUUGAUUACCUUCAUUUGCUUCCUCUGUAAACGCCGUCAAGGCCGUGUGGUUGUUGGUGAGGAUCAUUAGUAACAAAAGGCAAAUUAAAUCAUUAUGGAGCGGCGCGCAGACAAGCCGUAACAAUUUGAACCUGACGUAUGGCGCAAUACUUGGCCAUGUCGUCACACAGUUCCAUGGUUAGUGCAGGCAAUAGACGAGGGUAUAGCCUACUAUUCUACACUAUUCUCCCUAUUAUAAUUCUAUGUACACUAAUCUUCCAACGUUACUGUGGGUUGAAGAACUGAAUGUGGCAAUUUCCAGAAUGAAUCAAAUUACCGUUUUCUUUAUUUUGUGCGUAAAGGUUCUCCAAACCUGUUUUUUUAGGAUUCAUAAAUACUUUCCUAAAUCUAAGUAAUCUUCAAAAUCAGAUUAUUUUAAAAUCUAUAAUUCGGUGCUGAAACAGAUGAGUAUGCAUAUAUUUAUAUUCUAGUAAGUCUGUUGACAAAAUUCAAACUAAAAGGUACACCAUAUUUAAAGGGAUGGCUUAAGAUAGAUGUACUGAAUGAAAAUUCCACGAGAAAAACUGUUGGCUAGCAAGUGGGAUGGUUUUCAGCAGUUGAAUUAAAUGUAUUCAGUGCGCGAAGGGAACCAUUCCUACAAAGCCAGUUAUGCACCUGCAUAAGGUAAGUCUGAAUACCAACUACUGAGAAGUGCGUAGGAAAGGCAUGCACAGGAAAGGCAUACAUUUCCUAAGUCUGAAUCGGCCCCUUGGUGAACUGUCAGCAAGAGUGUUUAUUACUUCUCGUGGGUGAAAUGCUAACAUGGACUUUACAUCUACACAGCGACUACAUAGACUCUGUCACUGUCAAACAUAGGUUAGCACAAAUAAAUGUAAUGUGGAAGAACACACCAGGCCCUUGAUCGCCCUAACUAGCCUCACUAAUUACAAAGGGAAAGGAAGUCCCUUUUGAUUUAUAUGGUACUUAGUAGAAACCCCACAGAGAUGGAACUCUUUCAUUUUCUCUCUUCCUGGCUCCUCCUUGAGAGGGAGGAGGGGGCGGACAUUGGCUCCAGGUUUUGCUAUCUGUCCACCCUGAUACCCUUCUCCAAUCCCCGUCAGGCCACUCGAUUGCUAUGAGUUUAUCAUGCAGUGUGGGCCUCCCUGCAUGUGACUUUGGCUAGAUAUCAAGUGUGUGACUGUGAGGCGAUAAUGAGGUAGCUGUCCAUUACUGUCUCUAAUGGAUGCCCUGGGGCCCCAGAGGGGCUCUGUCAGUGGUUCUGUGUUUUACAGCCUCCUGCAGCACCUGUGUGCUAGGAAAACACGGUAAUAACCUCCCAUAACACAGCUAGAGCCACCCCCCACUCUUAAUUGUUAUCACAUUCGUAUCCUCAUGCACAAACCUACUGUUCCAGACAGUGUCCCAGACUAUUAGUUAAUGCUCUCCUCCCAAAAACAAUGUUUGUUUGUUUUGUCUCAAAAAACAGUGGGCAGCAUUUGUUUGGGCUGGACUUGUGAAGGCUGUUGUCCUUGAAGUUGUAUAGGAUUGUCCUCUCCAAACAAAACUGCAACAAUUACUGGGCCCCAAGUUAUGUAACUGGGAUAUGCAAGUGAUGCUGUUUUUGUCUCCGAUGAAACAAAACCCAGCUGCUAUGGACCGACCUUGUUGUUGGAUAUCUCCAAAGAAGUAUGUGAAAAAAGAAAGUAUGAUGAAUGUAUUAGGUUCUUACUGAACUUUUGCAAUUAUAUAGCCUCGUAUUACCAUCCUGAUGACCGCUGUGGAAUUCGUGUAGUGAAAUGGAAUGUAAGCUCGCAAGAUUUCCGGAUGGUUCGUACCAGGCUAGCAAUUAUAAUACUAGACAUAAAAUCUCCCUGUAGGUUUUGAUACUCAGGCAUAAUUGGUGGAGGUCCAACCGUUUUCUAACAGUACCUACCAUUCGGUUCACGGAAUGCUGAAAGUAGUUUAUUCUUUUUUUUUUUCCACCACUAGAUGUCAGAACAUGCAACUAAAAGAAAAGAAGAUAUGCUUUUAAACCUGAAGUAAAUUUUAACUGAUUUUAUAUAUAAACUCAAUGUCCAUAUUAAACUGUCAUACAGUGGUCCAAUAACAUACUUUGUACCUAAUGCACCCUCAUGCUUGCUGACAUACAAGAGAAUUCCAAGGCUGUUUUUGAUAGGCUACUCAUAGAUGUAAAUGGGAGCGAACACAUGAAAGUGAACAAUCAUUCUGUGAUUUGCACAUUGUUUAGAUUCAUUCUAGAUAUCACACUCAGACUCCCUCUGGCUAACACUGAAUCAAGUUCGGUCCCUGAUGUUUCACAUGGAUCUUGAGGUACAAGUGAUGUUAGCUGUCAUAGCUGAGGUUAAAACUCUAUUCUCUCAUCUCUGAUCCAAAGAUAUAGCAUGUGGCUGCUACCAGUCAGGCAGUUGUCUCAGUGCCUGACACCUAUAAAGAGCUUAGACAACUAUGCUGUUGCAGAGUGAGGACAGCAAAAGAGAAAGAAAAAAAAAAGAGAAAGAAGCUGAAUUGAAUUAGAGACAGACUGUUCCAAGGUUGCUAGGCAACAGCACAUUCCUCAGUGGAGAGAUCUGCCUGCUUUUCUCUCUCUCCGCCUGUGAAACUUGCUGCUCCUCAGAGAGCCACUUUUUCAAUUCACAAAUCUCAGCCUGAUAGUCCACGAGUCAUUCACUUCUGUUCUGUUCUGACCGCAAAAGAAGGCCCUGUGAAUGGCCUGGACUUUCAUGAUCACAUAAUGUGGUUUUGAUGCACUCACUGAUACACAGUGUAUCUGCUCUCUCACCUGCUGCCCAGUUGUACUUUAGGCCUAAUUGCCUGUCUUUUGUCUAGCACAAAUCAAUGGGCAUGGGAACUAAUGACAAACAUGUCCCCGGACAGUUUUUCCUCUUGCAGACAUCACAUUUAGAGAAUUCUUCCUCUGUUAUUGUUUUGUAUUGCUAUUUGGUUUACACACUUCACCUACUUUGACAGCCGUUUCAAAGGGGUUUGAGUUCACUAAGUGCAUUGGACUUUGCGUGGCACUCUAUGAAAUACAAGGCAUCCAGGAAGCCCAAGUCUAAAUAUAUCCUUGAUCUAUUGCCAACAAAAUGAACUUCCCCCAAACCUUUCUGGUUUCGAGUUGAUAAAUGGACACAAUCAGUUAGUCUGUGUCUUGUAGCUUGUGUCUAUGAGCUACCUGUGGACCUAGCUGUAGAAUGGUUUUUCAUGCUUGCAGCAGUGUUUAACAGCAUGUUGUUGUCUCUCAUCUUUCCCCACAGCUAUCCCACUGGGCCUCAUCGUUGUCCCGGGAGACAGUGACCUGGAAACAUGCCGCUCCCACAUCGAGAGGCUCCAAGAGGUGAGAAAUGAAGGAAGAAGGGGGGGGACAGCGAGAAGGGGACAGAGGAGAGAGUGUGGGUUGAUGAGGGGAUGGAACUCUGGGUAAAAGAAGGACAGAAGGGAAGGAGGACAUUGGCUGUGAGGUAACUAAUACCUCAGAAAUGUCUGUGAUGGAGGACAAUACAGACAGAGAGUAGAAGAAGACAGAGGGGGUAGGACUGAGCUAAUACCAUGGGAGGAUUGGGAAAUCAUUGUGAUGAAUUUGUGAGAGUGCAAGAGAUGAAGGAAGAGAGGAGGUUAGAAGAGGAGGGAGGAACUUGCUGAUGUCAAGAGCAAUUACUCGCAGGCUGGUAUAUGAUGGCUCAUCUCGACAGACAAGCCCAAACCUGUCUUUAGGAUGGGAAAGGAUUGCAUGUGUGGUUGUUUGUGAAUGGGGUAGACUGAGAUUUUGCCAAAACAUGACAUCCUUUGCCCCUCUAGCCCCAUCGCUGUCCCUUUUGGUUCAAAACCCAUUGAAAUAAAUAGUGCAUGAAAUUUGUUGCCAGAUUAGCGGCAUCACUGCUUUGCAAUCAUUUUAUUAUUAUAUAUCUCCUUAUUUUUAACCACAAUCCCUCAAUGGCUGUCCCUCAUUUGGGAUUCUCAUACAAUAUGUUGUUUUGUUGCUGUUUUCAUCAGCUCAUGUCAUAAGAAAAGGCUUAAAUUAUAUUUUGAUUUUGUCUGCCACUAAUGGAGGCAUGAUGACUAAAAUACUGUUGCAGAAUGGUAAUUGCUUCUGUAAUAUGUGUAAUCAUCCACUUUCAUUAUAUGUUACUCCCAAAGACAUGUAUUAUUGGUAAGUAGGACUCAUAGCAUACAGCAAGACGGCAUAAAUUGAGGGGGGGAAAUGUUUCUCCCACUACAUUCAACCCAUUUAAUGCAAUCCAAAACCAGUCAUUAUAGUAACUUCAAGACUAGAUGUUUAUUUUCCUAUCCGCAUGUGGUGAUUUACUUUGGGUAGGGGCAUUAGACAGGAAGGAGAGUCUCCAUUUGUGGGAUUACAGUGUUUUUGGGGCUAUUCCACAGGACUUCAUCUCCAUUCAUCCCUCCUUCAAACGACUGGUGCUCCAGGUUGGUAAAACGAGACAGGACAUGGAGUCUGUGGCAUGGAAAGGAACAAGUCUGAAAAGGAAACAUUCCCCUUAUCAAAAACGACUUUUAGAUCACAGAUUACAUUUACAAUUUAGUCAUUUAGCAGACGCUCUUACCCGGAGCGACUUUCACAGACGGAACAAACACAGACGGAGCAAACUAAUAACCAUAAAAUAUAAUCUAAUUCAAAAACAAGGAUGAGGCCUUUUAUAACCAUGUUAUUUUUAUGAGGACACACUGUUUGAGUAUGUGAUGCUUAAAGUCUGAAGAAAACACUUGUCAAACCUGUCCCUCCCUGUGCAUAACCGUAAAACACAUACAGUACAAAGACAGCGCUGCAGCCACAAUUCUCAUAGUUUCAUUAGGUGUUUACUUGGAAUUGUGUGUUUGAUCAACUCUUCCAUUUCUUUUUUUUGUCUCCAAGAAAAUAAUCUAGAGCACAAAUAUACUUCUCACAUCCAGUAGUUCCUUGUUGGCUUAAAAACAAAUCAACUGUGCAGUCAGUCAAGGGUGUGUUGCAUCAAUAUUCGAAUAUCGUGCCCUAGUGCUUUUACAAAGUGAUUUCACCACAAGCUCUAAGUUGCAUACCCAGAGAGCGAGAGGUGCGGGUAGAUGCUGAGACUGUCUGUCUCCAGUGAUAACCACACACUCCUCCCAGUUACCCUGGCCCACCUUUAUAUCCCCAUCCACAGCUUAGCCAAACCAGCUGCAUAAUGUGAGUGGCUGGAUAAUAACGGCUGUACUCAGGAGACUCUUUUUCCUCUUGUCUUUCUGUAGUGGCCCUGUUCCCCUAUGCAAACCAACCCAAAUUUGUUCCUCUGGGAAGAGUUUUUCUCCUUGUUCCUCGGUGCCCCUAAGCAUGGUUUAGAUGUGUUUGUAUGUGUACUUUAGUGUUGUGUGUUUGUGAUUGUGAGUGUAAUCAGGAAUAUGUUUGCCUGUGAUUUUUGUAUGCAGCAAGCAUCCAAUGUUUAAGAAACUGCUGCAGUUAAGGUUGCUUUGGCUAUGUUAUUACAGUUAGUAAUACUUUUGCUGAGUAUAAGCGAGCACUAUGACCUAGACUAGUUAGUGGACUAGUUGAUACUGUCUCGUUUGGUGGUUGCAUGUUUUGGGUUCCCUGUUCGAGACCCAGAAAAGUCUGGUGUUGAUUAGAUUGGCUACCUUGUGUACACGAUUUUCUUUGUUUGUGUGGGUGUGUGUUUUUCUUGUAGGUGGUAUCCAGUAUUUGUGCCCUAAGCUAAGCAUGAUCUUUCAGCAUAGUUCCUUAGUGCAUGCAUCAUAACAUUCUGUACACUGCUAUCCUCCUGAUCCCCUUGGAAGUUAGAUGGACUGGUCAAGUUUACCUUUAGAUGGGAAAUCAGUAGUAGGUUUUCCUGACCACAGUUAAACUGAUCAGGAAAAACCCUCAGCCCUAGUUUUAGCCUAUAACUAGGGCCUGGAGUUUUCCUGGCCAAGGCAUGUGGUCAGGAGAAACUCAUGGCCCUAGAAAUGACUUCUGUUGUUGUCGUCACAUUCCAACAGGUCUGUUUCAGUCUGAACAUUGAAUAGACAAAUUUCCUUUUGUGACUUGCCUCAGCCCAUUUUCCUUUAAACAUCGACUUACCUUCAAGAUCAAGUUCUGAAGAGGAUUAUGUCAAUGUAUCUCAUUGCAUAAGGUCACUGGACUAUAGUACCUUUGGAAAAGUUUGGAUUAAGUACAGUUCAGCCAAUGCACAGAACAGUGACCAAAGAAGGGAUUGUAAGGUCUUUGGACCAAGGAUUCUGUGACUGAGGCUCACAUAGGGGAAAACACCUGCCCUCCUAAACUCAUGGAACUGUAUAUGAAAGAGUAGGGGAGGGGUUAAUAGAAAAGUACUUUUCAUUUCAAAAAGCCUAUGUCUGAACACAAGACUCAGGGCCUUUAAAUCUUGCCCUACAUCCAGCAGAAAAGGUUUUUAGUAUUUGAGUCCUCCGUGAGUCAAGGCCUUCGAGUCUCAUUUAUGUUUAGUGUAUAGAGCAGGCUGUUGUGGAACUAAUCUCAUUGGUCCCAUUUCUUUCUCAGGAGGAUGAUGGAGCUAAAUCAAAGACCCUUUCCUCGCAGAAGCUUUCGCCAAAGUGGUGCUUCUUGGACUGUAAGUACCACUUCUUAUAAGGAGCGCUGCUAUUUAUUCCUUACACUUUCUAUAGUGUAGUAUUCCUCUUGUGCCUCCUCUUUUAGUCCCCUGUCUAUCUUCAACGCUGAAGAGAGAGCGCUUCACAUAAUCUGAUCAUUUGCAAGUGGGAGCUUCUGACUCUUACAGGUCACUGUUUUCUUGGUUCAUUCACCAUAGAAUUUCAUAUUUUGUCAAGGUAGACAUAAUAUGAUAGAACAGUGCCAUUUUAGGACCUUACGAUUAGCGCAUCAGUGCCAUUUUAGGACCUUACGAUUAGCGCAUCAGUGCCAUUUUAGGACCUUACGAUUAGCGCAUCAGUGCCAUUUUAGGACCUUACGAUUAGUGCAUCAGUGCAUUUCUUCUGCAGGAUAAGGAUUCACAUGUACAUUACAAGCAAAUAUACACAGCAUAAAUUGAGUUCUAAAUGUUCAAAACACAGGUUUUGAGGAUAAUUUAAACAUUUGUUUUAGAUUAUUGUUUAGAAGAAUUUAAGAUAGGUAGAGCAACCUACAGAACAUAAUUUAACGCAGCUGUGCUGUGUUUCUGUGUGAAAUAGGAUCAAUUAAAUUAAAUUAAACCGAGCUCCACAUUAACAUUCAUUUAGAUCAACAGCUCUGGUGCAAAGAUACAGAAAUCAAUUCGAUAAUAAUGUCACUGAUUUGCUUUGAAUGUUUCUGCUCAUUGUUGCAUAGCAGAAAAUGAAUAUUCUAGGCAGACUUCAUGCUUGUCUGUGAGAUCUUCUUAAGCAUACAGUUUAUAAUAUUUCUGUAAAUAAUCUGUAGUACUGUAAGAAUGUCAGUGAUUCUGCAUGUCUCUUAUGAAUCUAUGGCCCUUUACAUAUAUCCAGUUUUAUCAAGGCAUUGUUUAUUCCACUGACAGUAUUAUGAAUUACAUGUUAUGUUAUGUGCAUUGCUAGGAAUAGCUAUACAUUGCUAUGCAUAACACAGUUUACAUAUAUGAUGUACUCUUGCUGCUCAUCAGUCACUCCACCAGCAGUGAAACUCACAAUCUUCCAUCUCCUCACACUAGACUGAUAUGAUAGCUGAUCUCUGAAGGGUAUCAUUGUUUGAAUGCUAAGUUAAUUAACUUACUAACUAGUGAUAGUUGGUAGAGAAAGGAGGGUGUUAGAAUCUCCAGCCAAAUUGUAUGUAGCUUUUCAAAGCUUAAUUAAAUCCCAUAGCUGCUCCAUUGAAAUCAGCACAGAUUAGCUUCUAUUCACUGGUAAUAAAGCAGCCCAGAUCUUAAAGGCUCAGUCCAAAAAAAGACUGUUGUAAAGGUCUCGUGUGGAGAAAUUAUACAUUUUUCUCUCUCCACAAAACAGCAUGGCUAAUUCUUGAUUAGAAGCAUAGCAAGUGAAUUCCAGCUGCAUUCUGAUUUGACUGAUUAUUUAAUUAGUACGGGAUAACCACAUCAUACUUUUUGAUACAUUAUGAUAAGGUGGAAGAAAAAACACCUUCCCAGAUAUGUAGGAGAAGCUGAGAAACAUGCAGUACACAGACCUGCCCUUAAAGACCUUAAGAAACUAAAGGAAUCUUCUGGGCAAACUUCAUGCUUGUCUGUGUGAUAUUCUUAAGCAUACAGUUUAUUAAAAAAUAAGAGUUGGAUUAUUCUGCUCAGUGAAGCUGGCAGAAAUUCAAUUUGCAGCAUCUGUGGAAGACAGAGGGGUCUUUUUCUUGGCAUCUUAGAUGUAGGGGAAGAAGCGUUGCACAUCUCCUUAAUUCCAGCGCACACCUCCUUUGAUUCUGCUCCCACUGGGCUAGGGAAGAGCUCUUUCCCACUUCCUCAGACAGACUAGCAGCGUGAAGCUUAAUUACUGGUACAGUCCAACAGAACAGGGCUGGGGGGUGGAUGGAGGGGAGAGGGGGGAGACAGAGUUAGUUUAGUGGAAUUUCUGCUGACUGGAUGGAAAUGAUCAUCUGUAGAAAGUAAAGUUGUUUUUUUUCACUCACUACUUCCUCUAAGUUUCUACGCUGAGAUGUAGUACUGUCCAUACUCAUAAAUCUCAAAAGAGUGUGUUUGAUUUUCCUUUGAAGAGCACAUACAAUUAUAUUUACAUAUGAUCAUAUCCUGUCUCCUGUGAAUCUGUUUGUAACUAGUUGGCUGGCAACAGUGUGAGAUGUUCGGUACAGUCCCCCAACACCCUGCAAACUGAAUGCAUCUUUUGAAAAGUCAAUGGGUUUCUCAUAACUUCCUUGAUUUGCAAUAGGUUUGUCCAGCGGUCAUUGUCUGAUGACAUGUUUAGUAAAUCUUUCUAAUUUCGUCUCAUCUAGAAUUACACCCACUACCACAACCCUUUGACUCUCCUUGUAAUGUCCCCAAGUCACUGGGCCAGUUAUGUGGCCCUUUGCUCCUACUUGUUCUGUUUAUUAUACAGGUUAUCCAUCUUUUCCUUCAUUUAACAACAUGUGGCAAAGGCAUGGUGUGCUUCGGAGCUGGUUUAAUCAGGUCAACGCUUUGAUUAAGCUCCUGCACAGUUCCCAGCCCUCUCUGGCCUCAUUAGAACACUGUGCGUGUGUGUGUGUGUGUGUGUGUGUGUGUUUGUGAGGUUGUGUACAAGCCUAUGUUCAUAUUAUUUACUCUCUAUAAAUCUCAUACUAUUUAUAAAUAGAUUUUUCCUUCUUGUUUUCCUUCUAGCCACAACUGCAGAUCGAUUUUACAGAAUUGAUCGUGCUCAGGUGAGUGUGUGCCAUUUAUAUAUAUAUUUAUAUAUAUAUAUAUAUAUAUAUAUAUAUAUAUAUAUAUAUAUAUAUAUAUAUAUAUAUAUAUAUAUAAUAAUACGUUCAGUGAUGGAAAAGUACCCAAUUGUCAUACUUGAGUAAAAGUAAAGAUACCUUAAUAGAAAAUGACUCAAGUAAAAGUGAGUCACCCAGUAAAAUAAGUAUUUCGUUUAAAAUAUACUUAAGUAUCAAAAGUAAAUGUAUAAAUAGUUUGAAAUUCCUUAUUAAGCAAACCAGACGGCAUACUUUUAUAGUUUUUAUUUAUUUACUGAAAGACAGUAGCACACUCCAACACUCACACAUAAUUUACAAAACAAAGCAUUUGUGUUUAGUGAGUCCGCCAGAUCAGAGGCAGUAGGGAUGACCAGGGAUUUUCUCUUGAUAAGUGCAUGAAUUGGACCAUUUUCCUGUCCUGCUAAGCAUUCAAAAUGUAAUGAGUACUUUUAAGUGUCAGGAAAAAUGUAUGGAGUAAAAAGUACAUUAUUUUCUUUAGGAAUGUAGUGGAGUAAAAGUAAAAGUUGACAAAAUAUAAAUAGUAAAGUACAGAUACCCAAAAAAACUAUUUAAGUAGUACUUUAAAGUAUUUUUACUUAUGUAGUUUACACCACUGAAUAUAUUGAUUAUGCAGAGUAAUGGAACACCUAUAACAAAAGCAAAAUAAACAAGUAACAUGUUCAAUGGCCGUUAUGAUCUGUACAUACAGUGAGGGAAAAAAGUAUUUGAUCCCCUGCUGAUUUUGUACGUUUGCCCACUGACAAAGAAAUGAUCAGUCUAUAAUUUGAAUGGUAGGUUUAUUUGAACAGUGAGAGACAGAAUAACAACAACAAAAUCCAGAAAAACGCAUGUCAAAAAUGUUAUAAAUUGAUUUGCAUUUUAAUGAGGGAAAUAAGUAUUUGACCCCCUCUCAAUCAGAAAGAUUUCUGGCUCCCAGGUGUCUUUUAUACAGGUACUGAGCUGAGAUUAGGAGCACACUCUUAAAGAGAGUGCUCCUAAUCUCAGCUUGUUACCUGUAUAAAAGACACCUGUCCACAGAAGCAAUCAAUCAAUCGGAUUUCAAACUCUCCACCAUGGCCAAGACCAAAGAGCUCUCCAAGGAUGUCAGGGACAAGAUUGUAGACCUACACAAGGCUGGAAUGGGCUACAAGUCCAUCUCCAAGCAGCUUGGUGAGAAGGUGACAACAGUUGGUGCGAUUAUUCGCAAAUGGAAGAAACACAAAAUAACUGUCAAUCUCCCUCGGCCUGGGGCUCCAUGCAAGAUCUCACCUCGUGGAGUUGCAAUGAUCAUGAGAACGGUGAGGAAUCAGCCCAGAACUACACGGGAGGAUCUUGUCAAUGAUCUCAAGGCAGCUGGGACCAUAGUCUCCAAGAAAACAAUUGGUAACACACUACGCUGUGAAGGACUGAAAUCCUGCAGCGCCCGCAAGGUCCCCCUGCUCAAGAAAGCACAUAUACAGGCCCGUCUGAAGUUUGCCAAUGAACAUCUGAAUGAUUCAGAGGAGAACUGGGUGAAAGUGUUGUGAUCAGAUGAGACCAAAAUCGAGCUCUUUGGCAUCAACUCAACUCGCCGUGUUUGGAGGAGGAGGAAUGCUGCCUAUGACCCCAAGAACACCAUCCCCACCGUCAAACAUGGAGGUGGAAACAUUAUGCUUUGGGGGUGUUUUUCUGCUAAGGGGACAGGACAACUUCACCGCAUCAAAGGGACGAUGGACGGGGCCAUGUACCGUCAUAUCUUGGGUGAGAACCUCAUUCCCUCAGCCAGGGCAUUGAAAAUGGGUCGUGGAUGGGUAUUCCAGCAUGACAAUGACCCAAAACACACGGCCAAGGCAACAAAGGAGUGGCUCAAGAAGAAGCACAUUAAGGUCCUGGAGUGGCCUAGCCAGUCUCCAGACCUUAAUCCCAUAGAAAAUAUGUGGAGGGAGCUGAAGGUUCGAGUUGCCAAACGUCAGCCUCGAAACCUUAAUGACUUGGAGAAGAUCUGCAAAGAGGAGUGGAACAAAAUCCCUCCUGAGAUGUGUGCAAACCUGGUGGCUAACUACAAGAAACAUCUGACCUCUGUGAUUGCCAACAAGGGUUUUGCCACCAAGUACUAAGUCAUGUUUUGCAGAGGGGUCAAAUACUUAUUUCCCUCACUAAAAUGCAAAUCAAUUUAUGACAUUUUUGACAUGCGUUUUUCUGGAUUUUUUUGUUGUUAUUCUGUCUCUCACUGUUCAAAUAAACCUACCAUUAAAAUUAUAGACUGAUCAUGUCUUUGUCAGUGGGCAAACAUACAAAAUCAGCAGGGGAUCAAAUACUUUUUUCCCUCACUGUAAGUGAUUAUGGUUUCUCUCUCCAUAACAGGAACACCUAAACUAUGUGACUGAGAUAUCCCAAGACGAGCUCUUCAUCCUGGACCCGGAGCUGGUCGUCACGGAGACGGUGAGCACCUCACCAGGGAUGCCUGAUCUGGUUGAUUCUUCUGGUGAAUUCGCGGAGGCAUCUCGCAAGUUUGCCUUCCCAUCCUCCUCCUCUUCUCCUCCCCCCUCACCGGGUCCCAGGUAAGAGAAGCAGCUGCUGCUCACAGCUUCUAAUGGGAAUUUCUGUUGGAGAUCAGUUUAGUGCACUAGAUAAAGGAUGGGGCAGCUCCAUUGGAGCUUUAUGGGGGUUAUAACAGUGAAUACAUUCCAGGUCAUUUUCUGUGAACCAGUCUGUUUGAAAGUGGUUUCCAGCGGUGCUGUUUUGACAGGCUGAAAUAGUGUAGUAAUAAUCCGACUGGCAUGCCCCAGGUCCAGGACACUAAAAUAAAGGCUGAGUAAACCGUGGGUUGAAUCUGUGUUUGGACAUGCACGCUAUAACACAAUAAAACUGUACACUCCUCACGGGACCGUGCUGAUUUUGCCCUGCUGAAUUAUUACUGAGGAAUGCAGAGGCCAUGCUCGCCCAUUAACCCCCACCCAUUUAAAUCUAUGAAUCAUUUAAGUUCUAACCACUGGGCUGUCUUCAUAAUCACCCUAGGAAGGAGAAGGGCCAUACUCACCUGAAUUCACAGAGUGACUUUAGAAACCCUCCACCUCAUAGCACAUAACUGUGUCAACAGGGGAGAAGAUCCAGGUUGAAAUACUGUUACUGUAAUCAACUUAACAAAAAGAGAAGCCCAGCCAUUGUCUGUUCAUGGCUGAACAAUACAAAGUGUUCCCUACAUUGCUAACAGUUUGGAAAAUGCAUGCAGCUCCACUACUCCAUACUGUAUGUUAAUAUUUUUAGAAGAAGGAUGUCUGUGUGCCAGGUGUGGAUAUUUCCGUAAUUCUCCACAGUAGAUCUCCUCCACAUUUUGUAGCCUUUUGUGAAUGACACAAGUAAUGCACAUAGAAAGAGUCAACCAAGUUAUUCAAGUAAUACCCUUGAGCGCAACAUUUCCGUCCUGUUAAAUAAUGUGAAAGUAUUAUACAAUUGAACAUGAGAAGGAAUAAACUGCCAUGAUAAGCUGCCUUUUCAUAUCUGCUGUGCAUUCAUCAAUAUUUCAUCGAAUAAUUUCCAUCAUACAUUAGAAGCUGUCAGUCAUAUAAAACCUUUACAUUUCUCCCUGUCAGUCUACCUUAUCAACUUGUAUUGCUCUUUAUGUCGUACCAAUUGUACAGUAGAUUAUUCUGUUCUACAGUAACUUCACCUUAGUGGAAGUCUCUCUUCUCUACACUUUAGCUCAGGACCCUGUCCCCCAUCCAUUUAGGGAUUUAAGGAGAGUUUAAUGAAGACGAGGUGUGGCAACAGGUUCAUGGAGUUCAAACAUGGCAGAGGCAGAUCCUAACCCGACCCACACAUUCCCCCUCCAAAGUAAACAUGGUGGGACUAUCUCUGAGGGCGUGUGGGGAGUGUAGCCUCUCCCUCUCUUCUCGCUCUGUGGUCUAUUGGCAUGUCUUCUACAGACUAUCUUUUGAUGCUUUCAAAGUAGAGGCCACAUUAUUUUUGCCAUGUUCUCUCAUGCUGCUGGCCAGGGCUUGAAAUAGAAUUCCUAAUAAAAGGCCAUUUUGGAUCCCUGUAGUCUAGAAAGACAGGCUGAGGUUCAUGUGUUUGUAUGUGCGGGGGGGGGGGGGGGUGUAUUUGGGGUCACUUUCAGGUCCUGCAGUAGUAGUUACAAUACUUGAAACAAGAACACCUAGACAGUGAUGUUUGGAAGUAGCACUGUGUUGGAGGCAAUUUGUCAUAGAUGAAUGCCACCUUAGACUCUUGGCAAUGUAUCAAAUCAUCAAAGGAAAUUUAAGACGAUGCGCAUCCUAACUGUUACAUUAUUUGCAUACUAGCAUAAACAUCAUUUUUUUCAGAACCAAUUCAUUGGCUUAACUGAUCUUGUACCAUUUAUUAACUAUUCCUGCUACUGGCUCUGAAGAUCCCCGGCUUCUUUGUCCUCCUUUCCCUAAUCACAGAUCAGUUUAAAUGUAUAUAAAAAGAAAAGUGCAACAUUAUUUGGGCAUGUUAUUGAAGUAAAACACCCCUGAAUUGUUCCUGUUCUCUCUCCUUCCUUCCCGUCUGCCCUUCCUUCUGCCCUCUUUUCCUCCAUCCACUCCUCUACCCUGUCCUCUUACCGUCAGUCCCACCAGCCCACACUCAGACAGCGAGGCCAUGGACGUCAGACACAAGACAUCCCACUUCUUCUCCUCUCACUCCGGCUUCCCCUUUCCUGUCAGGAAGAGGUAUCGAUCUGACCUUCCUUCCUGUUCACCCUCCUUUUCUCUCACUCUCCUGCAAAGUUCUUAACUUAUCUUGUCCUCCCAAGAUUGUCUUACUCUGCCCAUGGACGUGUCUCCCCCUAUAGCCAUAUAAGAUUCCUUUGAGUUUUACUUGGAUGUAGCAGGGGGUUUUGUGUUCUUGACUGAAGCCUCUAGUCCAAGAUCUUUGUUGAGCACAAGUCCAAGAUCUUUGUGGGUGGAACACAUUGAAGCUCAUGGAAAAUAAGGUUUACACCAGCAGAGUGCAUUUUAACAGCAAAGUGUGUACUGUGUUGCUUUAUUUUCCUCAAAAUAUAACAUUUGGAUCAUUUGAAAAUAGAUGCUUCUGCACCCAUGUGUGUGUUGCCAGGGCAAUUGGUUUUAUUUAAAAUGCAAAGUUGAUUGUGUGGGUUGGAAUAGGUGGAGGAGGAUGAAUGUGGGAGGUGAUGAGCAAAAACCCAGCAUUCCCCCCGGAAUGGGAAUGAAUACAGUACAAUCUGCCUCACUGCUUAUGUUUCACUCCCACCUUCCUUAGAAUCAAGAUUCUAUUUCACUUAUGAAAUGGAGAAAAUCAGACAUGCCCACAAUAGAACAUCACAACUGAGAUUGGGGGUGAGAGGUGCUCACUCCCAAUCUGAUGAUCCAUUUUACAUUUGACGCUAUAGUCUUGUCAAAGCAGGAUUUGUCUCCAUAAAGAUGUUUGUUUGUUGUUGUUUUUUGGGCCAUAGCUGUCUAACUCUUUUCAAUAAUGUUUUUAUCUCUAUGAGCAGGCAGCCAGAGAGUGGGUUGGGCUCGGAACGAGACAUGGGGAAGUGGCCGGCUGAGCAUGGGGUUAGCCUAGGUUAGGUUUAGGGUUUGGGGGAUCGAUGAGGUUUUAUGUCUGGGUCGGAUCUAUAGUAAGAGCAAUUAGAUCACUAAACACACAUUCAUGAGUCAUGACGCUCUCAAAUAAUAUUGUUGCUUCCUCUGUCACAAUGAAUAGCUGGGAUUUUGUAUGCUUUGUUUUAGUGCUUCCAUAGUCCUGGAAAUACACACUAGUCCUGCUGUGGAUCUUUAUUAGUUAAAAUGUCAGCUUUAGAUCUUUGGGAAAACAGUCUUCCUAAUUUAGAUGUCAGGCUUUGAUCAUCUUUGUUUCUCAUAUUAUCAAUAUUUCAUAAAUCACCAAUCCGAUUGAACAGACAAUGUGUAUGCAGCUAUGCACAUCUCAAUUAGAAGUGCAGACUGUUCACUCCUGAGAAACUCUACAUUUUCUAGGCUCUGCACUUCCCUGGUUCAAGUCCUGCCCUUCACUAUUUUAGUGAGUUGCUGACUUUCCCCAAUUGAUCUGAACAGCAUCCCUACAUCUAUAUUCCAAAAUAUUUUACCCAUCAACAAUUUUUAACAGCUUUUGCACAGUCUUUUACCAUUACAGACACAUUUCCUGUAUGCUGAGUGUAUGCUCUUUGUUCCCCUUGCCUCUGGUCCUGGUUGGAAAUCAGACAGACUAAUGUGAUGAAUGUGGGAGAGAUGGAGCAGGUUGGUGGUAGACUGACAGACCCAGCACCACAACAUGUUUCGGAUCAUUACACUCCACAACAAGACCCCAAGUGAUUAAAUAAUGAUCCGCACAGCACUUCUGCUCUUUUGUUGCAGCUCUUCAGUUAGAAUGGAAUAUAAAAAGAUAUUCAAUCAAACUAGAAUGUUAUAAUUAGCUAUUAUUGGUUGUAUUAACAAUUGAACACCAUUUUAUCAAAAUAAGCUUCAAAGCAAGUACUGUAGGUGCUGGAUGACAGGAACAUUUCUAUUGCAUAUUAGUGUCUUCAUUAACUGCAACGUUUUACCAUUAACAUUUCUCUUGCUUCUAUAUCCAACCUUAUUCGUUCUUUAGACCCCAUCAUUCUAUAAUUCUGUCUCAUAUACACAAGUUCUCUCUUUUGCUUAUGCACUCUGCUCCCAAUGGUGGAAAUGUUCUGGUUUCCAUCUUCCAAAUGGGUUCAUCUGUACAGUGUGUACCUUUUUGUAUUUGCACUAGAUCCCCCAGCAAUAUAAACAUACUUUAUUGUUAUAUAUACAGUGGCCACCUCUGAUGUACACUUGCUUUAUUUUAUAACAAGAAAAGGCUUAAAUGUUUACCGCGCUUCAGGACCCAGUGGGAAUAGAUACAGUACUCUCACUACUCUGUCUUUCCAUAAUGUAUACAAUGUGUCACCCCUUCUAGGCCAUCUUGAACCUCAUCAUUUCUUAUACAUACUGUAUCUCUCUCUUUCUCUCUCUCUCUCUCUCCCUCUUUUCUGUCUAUCUCUCUCUCUAUUUCUCUCUCACAGGAUCAUGGACCUCCAGAAGACCACUCAAAGGAAGCGAAUAUCCAGUGACAGUUCGGUGGUGGAGGCACUGGCACACAGCGACUCCCUCAGGUCCAGUAAGCCAGCCCUCACCAGGUGAGAAGAGAGACUAAAACACAGGGGUGGUGCCCCGACAGAGGCAGCCGCCAAUCUCCCAAAUCACAUAUUACAGCUUUGAUUUUGUUCUUGUAACACACUGCUUUCUUGGACACUACUUCACGUAGAGAUGCAAACAAUGCAGCUAGCCAUUGUACCAUUGUAAGAGGGAUUUAAAUACACACAGUGUUUAGGCCCGGCGGUGCCAGACAGGUUUAAGCCAUGGCCAUAUCCCUGGCAGGGUGUGAUAUGCUCAGGAGUAGAAUGAGGCUGGGGAAGAUUUAGCCAACCCUCAUUAUCGGACAGAACCAGUGUAGCCUCCCGUAGCCACUGUCAUGCUCGCCUGGACUGAAUAGGAAGGGGUCGGACAUUAGAAAAGGGUCUUGCCUGUGACACUGUUAGAGUAUGGUUCCAUGUAGGUGUACAAAUCUACUUAGGCCAGGAAUUGUUCCAUGAAAUAGUCUGCAGUGUCACUAGGUCAAUAAAGCACCGUACCAUUCCAGUUUUUGCAAGGAAAUGCAUUCUUCACAGUGGAGUUGUACGUAUUUGUCCUGGUCCAUCAUUUCAGAAAAGUGUUAUGGUUCACCUCCUUGAGUCUCAUGAAACUGAAAUGACAAGCAGUGAAAUGCUGUUUUUUUUUCAUGAGCAAACACAUCAAAACAACAUGUUUUUGCUUUCAUAAUGUAAUUCAUUCUUAUUAAGUGUUUAUGAACUGAGAAUGGUUUGUAGGACUUGUUUUUAGUGCUGAUUGUGCUUUGUUUAUAUUACCUCCCUAUAUUGGAGCCAGAGAGAAGGAGGGAAAAUGACAGUGUAUAACAGCAUCUGCCACAGACUCGCCCUUCCAAAUUGAAUCUGCCAUGAAAUAUAAUGACGUUAGGCUGCUCUUUGAUAUUGUGGCCACACCAAUGACGGGGACCGUGAGGGUCCAUGGUCACUCACCACAACAUACAAUACAGUCACUUGAGCCCAUUUUGCCAUGGCACAUUGAAGGUCAAAUGAAAAAAUUAAACAAAAACAAUAACACACAGAGCUCUGUGCCACAAAAUAGCACUCUGGUGUAGUUUUUUGUUGUUGAAAAAACACACUCUUGUUUGAGUGUGUAGCCGGUACCUUUGAUGGUAGAGUGGACAUAAAAUAUACUGUUGCCCCUCUGGUCAGCGGCCAUACUUCUUGCUCAUAAAUCAGGUAGUUCAGAAGCCAGCAGAACACUGUUAGGACUACCCAGAGGGUUGGCUAGCAGUGCCCUAUUGCCGUACCUAUAGCUCUGUAAUGGUCUUUGUGCCUGGGACCGGAGUGGCCUGUGAAAAUUGAAUACAGUUAGAAGGGGUGAAGCACUACCAUUCCUUUUGAGUGUAAGUGCACUUACUGUAAGUUUUGCUUACUGCAAGUCGUAAUAUUGUAUAUAUUUUUUUGUUGCAGCUGAUGAACUUAAAACUCUAUCAUACCAUCUCAAUGCCAAUAACACAUUCUCGAAAUGAGGCUUUCCAGUUGUUUCUGUUUUCAUUGUUUAUCUUGCAUGUUUACACAUUUAUGAUUUAUAAUUUCUGUGCUCAUCGUUUUUGUUGUUGUUGGUCCAUCCAUUUUUUUGCUGUUGUCUUAAAGGGCAGGAUGUAUCCAUCGGUCUAACACUACUGCAGCUGAUUUCAACCCAAACUUGAGGUGAGAUCAAAGCCCCACUUUCACCUCUUUCACUUUCUUUCUUUUCACCAAGUCACUUUCUCAAUUCUGCCCUUUGCACUCUCUGUCACACAAUAAUGCAUUUACUUUGCAAAGUUUCUGCUUACUAGUUCCUUGGUCUGGAGUCUACACAAUAUCACAGACCUCAACGCAAUGUGCCAGACAUGUCAUGUGGUACAGUCGCAUCCCAGUGAAGAGAGAGAAUCAGAUGUUUGAAACUGAAUUUCUAAGGGAUAUUUUGAUGUUGUGUCAUGGUGACAUUGUCCUUACAAUAGUAUCAUCUUCACGUCCCAGCUUGGCAGGAUGCUAGUGAGAAUGUGGGGAUGACAUUCAGCUGCUGAUGGAACCAUAUGGCACAAACAGGCCUAUGUGCUCCCUCUCACGGUCACUGUGCCCCAUCCCCUCUUUACAUACAAUAGCUCCAUUUGGACAGCUGAGAGAGAGAGAGAGACAGAGACUGCCUUAGAGUACUCACAGACAGGCACAACCUCACAUUUGAUUUUACCAUGAAUUAUGUGUCAUUUUAUGUGUAAUUUUCCCACUCUUGUUUGUCAGCGACGCUAAUUCACUGUUGAUUGAGUCUCAUCUGGAGGCAGAUUUGCAUGAUGGAUCCUUUCCAUGUCCACUGAGAUGACUAAUGAGAAGUUACAUCUUCUGAACGCUGUCAUGUGUGCAGCACUGCAAAGCCACUCCAAGCAGCAGCCGUAUGAAAUUACCCAGAAUUUAAGUUUUGCUUGUCACUUCAGUGAUCUGCCAAACAGACUGAUUAAUGUAUUUUGUAGCUUUUCCUUGCCAGAUUUUUCCCUGUGUUAUGCUUCCCUGUCGUGCAAUUAUAAUUAUUUCCAAUGUCGUAAUUCAUUUGAGAUUUACAGCUUUUUUUCUUUCUUGAUGUCUGGGUAAAAUGCUUAGGAUGCUAGCAAGGGCUUUGUUUUUAUAUUGAAUGGGUAAUUAGUCCGUAAUCAGCUAGUCUUAAAAGAGAGGAUAUUUGAGCCUUGAUACAAAGCAAACACUGUCAGCUUUUCCUCUGAUGUUUUGUUCAACAAAUCCGCUUAAAUGACCAUGUAGCAUUCACUGAGGUGGCUUUAUAAGAUGUGUCACAUUUAUAUUCUUUAUUCACUGUAUUUUGUAAUGAUAGUGCUCAACUGAGUGUAAUGCGUGUUCCUCCUAGAAAAGGAGAUUGUUAUUUGUAGAGUGUGUUUUGGCUGCACGGACAGUAGAAGGUAAUGAGGUAACAGAAGAUGUAAUCGUGUUGAUUUGGACAGCAGCUCCCAUGUAGAUGGGUUCAUACUCUAAAAUGUAAGCUUCUCAGGGCAUCACAAUCAAUACAUGUAUACAGUAUGAUGGAAACCUAGUAUUUACCAUUCAAUAAAUACUGUAGGGAGCUCUGAUAUACCAGAGCACACAGUCCAGCAUGCAUCAAACAUCCUGAAUCUUUGCUAAAUGAACGAUGGUAAGAAAAGACGGCACACCCAUACCAUUGUUUACUCAAUGUUUGCGUUUCGAAAGAUCUAUGUGCUGAACCAAACCGUCAGCUCCUCUAAUUGCCUAUUAUGCCUUAUUCUGAGACAGACCGUCUUUUCUCACUUACACAGGAAUGUACAGACUGUUUGCAUUAACGAUCUCCGAGGUGACAAAUUGUUACCAGCUUUGGCUUCUAAGCAUCCAGCAGGCUUGCUUUUCACUUCCUAAUAAGAAAACGUUAUCGCCAUUUAAAGCAACAAUUUGGAGUCUGUUUUUCUGCCCAGCUGCAGCCCUGCCACUUGACUUGGAACAGAAUAUAAUUAAUUGAAAUGACCAUUCAACCGCAGUAAAUCUUGCGGCUUGUGUCUUUAAGGUCAAUCCCGUUGCUUUGGCUUUAGCUCAAUUGAUUAACAUUGUCUUAAGUCAUGCAGGCAACCUUGAUUCUAUGAAGCAGAUCAGUUGAUGUCUAUCAACUGCUGGGGUUGUGGAGGAGGAGGAGGAGGAAAAAAGGGAAUAUGAGAUCACAUAAUGAGUAACCUUGCCUGAGACCUGAAGACUCAUGUUUAUUCCCAGGCAUUAGUUUUACUGUAGAAGGACACAUAAAAGCUUCUGAACUCCUCCCUGUGAUUGGAGAAUAACUGUCAGGUUGGUGGAGAUGUAUGUGUCUGGACUGUAGAGGCUGGGCUCCUCUGUAAUUAUGAGGUGAGACAGAUAUUCCAGUAAACUGUGUGUAAUCUGCCCUGGAUCUCCCUCACAUUGACAAUCCAUUAGCGACAGAGGCUGGGCCCGUGGUUUGGAGCUUGAUAUUGCCAACACAUCUUAGCUGCAUAUUUUGUUCCCACUCUCAAAGGAAAUAGCUGCCAGGAUCCCAGGGCUUGAACAUAUGCUUUGCCAGCUAUUGAUUGUGAUAACUUUUUCUUAAAACUUUAGUCUGCUUCACUUGUUUCCAGACCCACAUAUUCUUUUUAAAAACCUCCCAGUGUUCUGUUUGUCACAGGCACUGUAAAGGAACUGAUAAUGCAGUUUGAUGUAAUGUAAGACUGGAAUACUCAUUACAUUUGUAUGAAGUGUGGGUGAAACUGGAUGGCUUUAGUAAAUCAAAGCACAUUUUCCUCUUAAGAUAUAUCUUUCAUACAUGUUUCUGUUUCAGCAACUGUAUCACACACAAUGCAUGGCCUACAUAUGAUGAGCUUAUGAUCCCCUGAGCUUAUGAACACUGGACCUAUAGCUACCACUUUUGCUUGCUGGCGUCUGCCUCCUCCACAGUCAAACAGCCGAAUGACUAGUGAUGGGGGAGAAUUCCCAGCCCUACCAAUGACGCGUGCUGGUAACAGCUGACAGGAAGCCAGCUGCCUUUUGUCAAGUGUUUUAAAUAUGGAACUCUGACAAGAUGCUCAACGUCUUUGAUCAAAGAUUUAUCUAGGGAGUGAGACUGUAGUGAGGAGUGGAUGGAGACAGACUGGGUAAUUGUGGGAGACUCCUGGGCUGAUGAGAGAGACUGUGGGCUCUGUGUGGUUAAUUACCCCUAACAGAGGAAAGCAGGCCCAUUAGUAACCCACAGACAUAUAGGACUCCCAGACCUUGGGGAAAGACUUGUUACAGGGAUUAUUUUCUCCUCAGAUUUACCAUGAUCACAAUGUGUUGCUUUGCACAGCAAGCAUCUGCUCUGUUGCGUCUAAUUGUAUUAUUUUUCAAGUCCAGGUGAUUGUACUGAUCAAGGUUUCCAACAGAUUAGACCAGGGCUCUCUAACUCUGUUCAUGGAGAGCUACUGUCCUGUAGGUUUUAGCUCCAACCAUAAUCUAACGCACCUUUAUUCUAAUAAUUAGCUGGUUGAUAAGCUGAAUCAGGUUAGUUACAACUGGGGUUGGGGCUAAAACCUACACGAGGGUAGCUCUCCAGGAACAGGAUUAGAGAGCCCUGGAUUAGAACCUUCUCAAGUUUUCAGACAGUUUCUAAAAGAGUAUACUCUGUCUGAUGAAGAUUUUCUUUCUAAUUCACUACCAUUUUCCCAAACCAAACUAGUUCAAUUACAGCAGUAUUCUACUUGUUUUGUGAGAUUCUAGUAACAUUGUAAUAAUGCUUUAUUUAUUCACCCAAAUCUCAUAAUCUUUUAAUAUGGCUUUAUUAAAUGCUUGCUUAGCCAUCCUGGUAGAUGACCACUCAGAGCAAGUGGUACAACAUCUUCAUGACCAUUAUAGUAUCUAUUCAGGCAGGGUUUUUUAUUCUACAUGAAUACAAUGGUCUCUGACCCGCUAAUGUUCUUUAUAUAUUCACACCUUUCAUACCCAUGAUUGUUUACCCCUUCUGCUCUGUGCUAAUAACAAAGAUGAAGAACCAGUCUUUAGCCCAGCCUGAGAGAGCUGGGGUUGACCAGGAAGUAAGUAGGAUAAUCUGUCUGGUCAGUACAAGGCCUGCUCCUCAGACAGUCAGUCUCAGCUUCACUGUUCCUGCCUGUGUGCGUUUGAUGUUAGUCUUGUGUCAGUUCUCUGUGGAUUAGUGUGUGGUGGAUUUGGCUUCCGGCAAACAGACAGCCCAGCCAGGCUCAGACAGUAACAUAACCUGGAGUGACAGCAGGGAGGCCCAAGAGCUGCCCCUCUGUCCACUCACUGUUUGGCUGAAACAGAAUGGAAGAGAGGGAGGGAGGGGGAGUUCUUUUGGCUGCAAACACACGAAUUAGAAUCUUUUACCUUGGGCUAGUUGGCAGGCAAGGGACGCCUGGAAAAACAGAGCACAUCAAGGGGACUGUCUAAUUAACCACACCACCUCUCCUCUGAACCAACACCAAAUCCAUGCAACCGAAGCAAGUCUUUUUUUGGGACAUUUUAAUUUUGUUUUUGGGAUUUGGUUUGUUUUUGUUUUUUCCUAUCAUGGAUGUUUGCUAUGAAAACCCAAUGGGUGCAGAGAGGUGGGCUUUACAUGGCAUUUGUUUUGUAGACACAGAAGUGAACUGUUUGUUUUAUGAUCCUUGAAUCGUGUCCUGUUCUCUAUCUCCCCCAGGGUGGAGAAGAAUACACUGUGCAAUACAGACAAAGGUAAAACAAACGCACUUUGAAUUGUUACACUAGGUGAUUAUAAAUUGACGCAGUUCACUUGGCAGCAAGUGGAUGGGGGUAAAUCGGUGCCCACAACUGUUUUGCUCUAGUGCUUGAUGUUUUGAAAAAUCAUCAAUCAGCUAAUUCCUGUCAGAAUGAAGUUUCACUAUGAAUAAUGUCAAUGUUGAACGAUAAGACACUUGUGCUCUAAAAAAUGUCUUAGCCUUUGUGGCCCUGCUUAAACAAGCCCCCGCACGUUCACCUGCCAUCAUGCAAAGGGUUUUACCCGAAAGAAAUAUAUUGGCACUUAAGGUAUGCAUUUGAACUACUGUGCUGCGAGGAAAGGUUAUUAAAAUUCACACUAAAAACAUUAGCAUUCAAGUCCAUCCCUCACAAAGAUUCUGGCAUGAGCCCAGUCGGAAUAUAUUCUCAAGAGCUGACUUGGCAUCUCUCGAGUUGUUUUCUAAAGAAAAAAAUAUAUAUUUCCAGUAGCAGCCCCUUUCUAAUUCUGGUUGUUCCACUCUGACAGCAGGAUUCUAGAGCAUAUCUUCAGACUCAGACGUCGUGGUAGCAACUGUUUGACUUGCAGUGCUGGCUAACUGAGAUUUGUGAGAAUGCUGUGGGGAAUUUCGAGUUGACUGUUUUCCUUCCUCGAUGGAAAACAUGCAGAUGGGUGGAUUAGGGUAAAUAAUCUACAAAGGGUAUUUUGGUGCUUUGAACAAGGAUUUGCCAUAUUGAGACUGAACCCAAGAACUCAACAGGCGUUAAUGUGAUUAUCUGUGUUCAUUUAAAACGUUUCAUGAUCCAGUGUUUAAACACUGGGUUUCUACUGAAGGCAGCAACCUGCAUCUUGCUCUCGUUACUGUCCAUGUUAGCUGAGUAAAUAGAUUAUGUUUUUGCUCAUCAAUUCAGUUUGAGGUUCCUUUCCCAAGACUCUUACAUAAGAUAUAUAGUACAUUCAAACACUAAAACCAAACAAACAAGUGCCCCAUAAAGAGCUAUUAAUGAACUCAGAUCUUUCCCCAAAGGACACUGUCAUGUCAUACAUUUAUUAUGGUCUGCUGUUGUUAUGACUACUGAAUCUACAGCCUCAUAUUUCUACCUUCUUACUCUACUUACACAUCUUUCUCAUUACUUACAGUAUCACCAGAAGUGUUGAUUGAAUGUGUGAAGAGCAAGGACCAUCUGAAGGUGAGUGGGAGCCACAGUAGCCAAUGGAUAUGCACACUGCAUAUAGGUCUACAUACUGUAGAGUGAAUGUAGGCUCACUAAUUGAUACAUUCAACAAGGGAAUGAUGACUUUACCUCAGGGUAAGCAUUUCUCAGGUCGGCAAUUUGAUAAAAAUGCAGUCUAUUCCCCCACGCCUCCAGUCAUAACCAUGUGCCCUCUUCUCCCAGCUGAAGGAGUUGCACAAACUGGGAGCUGACCUGUCAGUGCAGGACCACUCAGGAUGCACCCUGCUCCACUAUGCUGUGGACACUGGUAGCAAGGAGACUGUCAAAUACAUCCUGGACAAUGGUAGGGACAAGGCGAUACAUAUUUAUGUGUUCCAUAUAAGUCUGUAGGUAGGACAUCCCCCUCACAAUACUGAACCAUCCUGUGGGAUUUCCCAAAGUGAGUCUGUGACUCUCAAAUAUCAACUAUCUAUCAGAAGUUAACCCAGCACAGUAGGCUCUAUGUUUUAUAAUAGUAGAAUUAUGUCCCAGGUGUGGAGCGCCAUAUAUUUGAGGGUCAUGUACAUUGUUUAAGACAAGCCACAACGCAGGUACAUCUCACUCUGUGUACGCUUGUUGUCGUUUAUGGAGUCUUUCUUGCUCAACAACGAAUGAUACAUUCCAAUAUUUGAAAGGGAUAUGUUUUCUGUCAGAAAGUCCUCCUACACCAGCUUUUAUAAAAGUAGUACCUUGGAGCAUUGUAAUUGGUUUAGGGACAUGCUUUGACAUUUCUAUUUUUUCCCUUCCCCCUCCCCAAAAACAGCACCCACAGACAUCCUGGAUGUAACCGAAAAAGAAAAGUAAGUUCAAGACAUGGAUUUUGAAAUGCUCAUGUUACACAUAUUCGGUGUGAUGUAUCUAGUUCAAGUUUUAAAUAGAAAGUUACUCAUUGGAGCUACUCUCUCUCUCUCUCUCUCUGUCUUUCUCUGUCUCAGUGGGGAGACAGUGUUGCACAAAGCAGCGUCACUGUGUCAGAGGACUAUCUGUCACUACCUGGUAGAGGCAGGGGCAUCCCUCAUGAAGACAGACUUACAGGUGAGAGCAACGCUCCCUCUUCACUCAUCGCUUUACUCUUUAUUUGGCCAAAAGAAACCAAGUUGAUGCGUAGGCUACCCCUGAGAAGUGUUUUAUACAGUGGAUAGGGCGGCAGGUAGCCUAGCGGUUAAGAGCGUUGGGUCCGAAAGGUUGCUGGUUCGAAUCCCCAACCCAAUCAGGUGAAAAAUCUGCCGUUGUGCCCUUGAACAAGGCACUUAACCCUAAUUGCUAUUGUAAGUCGCUCUGGAUAAGAGCGUCUGCUAAAUGACUAAAAUGUCAAAUGGAUAAGUGGUGGGUAUAGAAUGGCCUAAUCAUCAUCCAGAAGGAAAAUUAGCUUGUCUUUCUUAUGACAAGCUAAUUAUACAUCGGGUGGGGGAGCACUACAGCGGUGCCCUACACAUCCCCUCUGAACCAAACUAGCCAGAUGCCUGCAAAGUCAAUUAAAGUACUUACCUCCAAGUGGCUCCACCAUAAAAUGUCUUAUGUGCUUACCCUCUCCUGCAGAGAUAGCCAAUUGGAUUCAUUUGUUUAAGCUUCCACUGACACAGUGGGUAGAAGGCAGUUGGAACAUAAGGUUAAAAAUUUUUACUACAGUACUUCACAAGAUCCUCCUUCUGAAGACCCCACAGCUGGUUUUUAUCUUAGCUUUCUGUCCUGGAAAGCUCAGACUUUACCACAUUUAAGAUGUCUUGAUUUUCAUGUCAAGGCUUGAAGAAUUUUCCAAUACAAAAUCUCACUGCCACAUCGUGUGUGUCUGCAAUGUAGUCUCUCUCAUAAGCAACUGACAUAAUGCUUGAGGUGUCACUAGGGAGGAGUGUAGUCCUCGCCAGUCAGUUGUUCUAUCAUGCUUUGAAAGUACUCUGCUACUGUAGCUCUCCUUUACUCUAAAUGAAACAUUCCAUGACACUCAGCAACCUCCCUCUACCCCCCCCCCCCCCCCCCCCCCCCCUCUCUCUCUCUCCUCAGUGAGCUAGCAGUGAGUCUGAUUCAUACCCUGUGGCCUUGGGAUGCAGUUCAGCCUGGCUUUCUUUCCUCUCCUCCAUCUCUUCAUCCUCCCAGCCUUUCUGCCUGUCUGUCUUUCUCACUCACAAUACAUUCACUCUUGGCCUUGAGACAUCAGCAUAUCUUAGCAAUUACUUUUCCUGUCUUUUUGUCUCACCCUCUCGCCAUGUUCUCUUCUCUCUUCUUUAUCUCUUGAGUUUUUUUGGUCUCUGCACUUUAAAAAACAAACAAUUAGAAAUAAUUGGGUUUUGUGAAGCUAUUUCUUAAAUGAGACAGUAGCUCUUGGAUGAGUCUAAAAACAUUCUAGAUUUGCUUUUGCACACAGACAAACAAAUAUUUGGUGCCUAUUCACUGUUGAUAACUGGAAAUAUUAAAACUAAACCAUGAUGAAAUCUGAAUGCAAAUGAUUCCUACAUCUCAAAAAUACUUGCAGACUGUUCUUUGCAGACUGAUCUUUGACUCUGCGGCUUAAUGUUUAGACAUCAGGAGAAAUAGAUGCUGCCUUAAUUAAAGUUAGGUUCUUCAUUGCGGUCUUUUAUGUUGAGCAAGUUGCCUCUCUUGUGCUGCAGGGUGACACACCAAAGCAUCGUGCAGAGAAGGCCAAGGAUGCAGAGCUGGCAGCCUACUUGGAGAACCGGCAGCACUACCAGAUGAUCCAGAGAGAGGACCAGGAGACAGCCGUGUGACUGCCCUCUGCUCCCUGACCUCCAGCACCACUUCCCUGUCACCUAACCCCGUGCCAAACCUACUUUAGCUAAAAGAGGAAACUCACCAGAGAAGAUGGUUAAAAGGUAGCCGGUGUUGUAUCCUCCUGCUAGGGAGUUGGUUGGAGUGCUACCAG